AUGUUUGAUUCUCUUAUACACUGUAACUCGUCUCUUAGUGAUAUAUCGAAAUACAACUAUCUAGUGAGUUUCUUACGAGGUCCUCCUUUAGCUUUGGUAUCUAGUACUCCACUUGCCAAUCAAAAUUAUAAUAUAGCAUAUCAAGCCUUAAAAAAUAAGUACGAUAAGAAACGUUUGAUUGCAAAAGCUCACUGGCAGGCUCUAGAAAAUAUUAAGCCCAUCUCUAACGAAAAUAAUCAUGAAGCUCUAAGAAAUAUGAUUGAUAUUUAUACUCGUUUAUCUAAAUUUUUCCUCCCCAUCCAAUUGUGUGGCAUCGGGAAAAAUAUUUCCAAAGGUUCUCACGGUGUUAGAUGCAACAUUAAACCUAUUGGAAAGUCUGAUCCGAUCUACUCCUUGGAGUUUAUUAUAUUAAACGAAAUUAGUGAUAAUUUACCGAUUAAUUCUCUUCCCGUUGAACAGUUCUCAAAGUUUUCUCAAUUGCCCUUAGCUGAUCCCAACUUUCACCUCUCUAAACCCGUAGAUAUACUUUUGGGUGCAGAUAUUUAUGGUUUCUUGAUAACAGGAAACAAACUCCUCUCAGAUCCAGAUCAACCCGUCGCUUUAGAAACUAUAUUUGGAUGGAUAAUUACAGGAAGAGUUAAAACAUCUAGUGUUUCACUCUCUGUAAACUCAUACUUUCUUACCUCUUAUGCUUCCUUGGAUCAAUCACUUCAAAGAUUCUGGGAGUUAGAGGACGUUCCACAAUCCUCGACGCUUUCUUCAGAUGAAAAGCUUGCCGAAGAACACUUUUGUAAAACAUUUUCACGCACUCUUUCUGGACGUUAUAAAGUAUCUUUACCAUUUAAAACUUUGGAACCGAUCUUUGAAGGUUCUAGAGAUGUCGCCCUUCGUAGAUUUUUCUCGCUCGAAAAACGAUUGCUUCGAAACCCCCAAUUGUAUUCUCAAUAUUCUAAUUACAUGCGUGAAUAUUUAGAUUCUCAAUAUAUGAUUGCCGUGCAAAAUCCUUCUCCCAACGCUCAUUCUUAUUAUCUGCCUCAUCAUUGCGUAAUCCGACCAGAUAGUCUCACGACCAAACUUAGAGUUGUCUUUGAUGCUUCCGCUCGAGAUUACACAAAUAAAUCUUUGAAUGACACUCUCUUAACUGGGCCAAAAUUACAGUCAGAUAUUUUAUCUAUUUUACUUCGAUUUAGAUCUCAUUUGAUUGUAUUUGCUAGCGAUAUUAAACAAAUGUUUUGUCAAAUUCUUGUUAAUGAAAAUCAUACUGAAUACCUCAAAAUUUUAUGGCGAUUUAACGCUAAUGAGCCCAUUCAAGAAUACAAACUUACUCGCGUUACUUUUGGUUUAAGCUGUAGCCCAUUUUAG